GGGCCUCACUCUUUUUUAAGACCCUGGAGACUCCUCCUACCCUGGCCUCCUGGGAUGCUGACUCUAGGCGGACAGUGUCUGAGUGGUAAUCAUCAUUAUUUUAGUGGCUUACUCGGGGCUCCAUGCCAGGGACUUUUCCACAUGUCAUCGUCCCCAGUGCCUGGUGAGGUAUCCCUGUUGCACACGUGGGGAAACUGAGGCCCAGAGAUUCAAAGUCCCUUCUUUUCACUCAAGCUCACACAACCAGGAAAUGGCAACCAGGAUAACAACAUAGGUCUGUCUGAUGCCUGUGUGCCAUUGUGCAAGUGACUUACCCUCACUCAGCCUCAGUUUCCACAUCUGUUAAGUGGGGAUAUUGGUGGUACUGUUCUGUGAGGGUCAGUUUGAAAGCUCUUUGCCCUUAGGGGUGUGUGUAAUGGACUUCACACAGUGCAUACUUGCUCAGGGACCUGGCCUCAGGGGAGAGGAGGUGGGACCUGGGCGGACCCUGCUCCUCUUGGGUGGUGAGAAAAAGGAGAAACUUCAGGGGUUCAGGUUUCUGUCGCACUCGGGGCCCCAUGGAGCCUCCCGUGUCUGCACCGGAGCCCACAGCUGGCCCAGUGGGUGGCCUGUGGCCUGAGAGGAGGACACUGGUGCCAGUGUCUUCCCCCAGGGAGAAAAAAGGAAGGGGGAACUGAGAGGCCUCUGCUGGGAACUCCCCCUCCUUAGAACAGGCAUUGGGUCAGGCUACUUCUUCCCGAAGGGGGCUCCCAGCACUCCCCAAGUAGAAGCUCACCCAGCCUCCAAAAGGGGGUUCCGGCGAAAACCCCAGACUUGAGUCACAGGAACCCUAGAGAGAAGGCACUGCCCCUAUCAGAGAUGGCAUCUGCACACCCCCUCCAGACCUGCGGAUGUACAAACCAGAGCUCCUGGCGCCCUGCAGAGCUGAGUCACGGCACCGCCAUGCUCUGUCAAGAGGCAGAUGGAGCAUGAGGAGGAGAAGGACGCUUGGUGAAGGGACUGCCUGCUUUGAGGGUCCAGGGCGCGUCGGAGAGAGCCGCCUGGCCGAUGGAGAGAAGAGGAACUUGGCUGAAAUGUUCCCGGCGGGGACGCAAAGUUUCUGUUCUGCCUGUGCGCCCUUGCCUGUACCUAUGCCCGGGCCUCCCACUACCAACCUGGGAUUUAACUCUCACCGUCUAAGGUCCCUGGGUGGCGCAAACGGUUUGCCCGAAGGUUAGCGGUUGGAACGCACCUAGCGGUACCGCGGGAGAAAAGGCCUGGGGAUCUAUUUCUGUUAAGAUUACAGCCAAGAAAACCCUAUGGAGCAGUUCUUCUCUGUAACAUAUGAGGUCGUCAUGAGUCGGAAUCGACUUGAUGGCAACUAACAACAAAAACAACGUCCUUGGCUCUCCACUCCUGCCAAGGAAACAGAGAUGCAAUGACUUGCUCAAGGUCACACAGUAAGGAAGAGCAGAAGUGGGAUUAAAAACCACAUCUCCUUGACUCCAGACCAGUGGCUUCGAGGCAGCAGAGAAUGGGCCGAUGCCAUCACCCGGCCGCAGCCCCCUGGACUUGCAGGCAAGUCCAGGCCUGGUGCUGCAUGCUGCGGGGGCCACCAGCCAGCGCCGAGAGUCCUUCCUCUACCGCUCGGACAGCGACUACGACAUGUCCCCCAAGACUAUGUCCCGGAACUCAUCGGUCACCAGCGAAGCGCAUGCUGAAGAUCUCAUCGUAACACCCUUUGCCCAGGUGCUGGCCAGUCUCCGGAGUGUUCGCAGCAACUUCUCGCUCCUGACCAAUGUGCCCAUUCCCAGCAACAAGCGGUCACCGCUUGGCGGUCCACCCCCUGUCUGCAAGGCCACACUGUCAGAGGAGACAUGUCAGCAGUUGGCCCGGGAGACGUUGGAGGAACUGGACUGGUGUCUGGAGCAGCUGGAGACCAUGCAGACCUACCGCUCUGUCAGCGAGAUGGCCUCUCACAAGUUCAAGAGGAUGCUAAACCGUGAGCUCACACACCUGUCAGAAAUGAGCAGGUCAGGAAACCAGGUCUCUGAGUACAUCUCCACAACAUUCCUGGACAAGCAGAACGAAGUAGAGAUCCUAUCACCCACGAUGAAGGAGCGAGAGAAACAGCACGCACCGCGGCAGCAGCGACCCCCCCAGCACCCCCCGCCCCCUGUGCCGCAGUUCCAGCCCAUGUCUCAGAUCACGGGCGUCAAGAAACUGAUGCACAGCAGCGGCCUGAACAGCGCCAGCAUCCCCCGCUUUGGGGUGAAGACUGAUCAAGAGGAGCUCUUAGCCCACGAGCUGGAGAACCUGAAUAAGUGGGGCCUGAACAUCUUCCGUGUGUCGGACUACGCCGGAGGCCGCUCCCUCAGCUGCAUCAUCUACACGAUUUUUCAGGAGCGGGACCUGCUGAAGAAGUUCCGCAUCCCGGUGGACACCAUGGUGACAUACAUGCUGACGCUGGAGGACCACUACCAUGCAGACGUGGCCUACCACAACAGCCUGCAUGCGGCUGACGUGCUGCAGUCCACCCAUGUGCUUCUGGCCACACCUGCACUGGACGCCGUGUUCACAGACCUAGAGAUUCUCGCCGCCCUCUUUGCGGCUGCCAUCCACGAUGUGGACCACCCUGGGGUCUCCAACCAGUUCCUCAUCAACACCAAUUCGGAGCUGGCACUCAUGUACAACGAUGAGUCGGUGCUCGAGAACCACCACCUGGCUGUGGGCUUCAAGCUGCUGCAGGACGACAACUGCGACAUCUUCCAGAACCUCAGCAAGCGCCAGCGGCAGAGCCUGCGGAAGAUGGUCAUCGACAUGGUGCUGGCCACAGACAUGUCCAAGCACAUGACCCUCCUGGCUGACCUGAAGACCAUGGUGGAGACCAAGAAAGUGACCAGCUCAGGGGUCCUCCUGCUGGACAACUACUCUGACCGAAUCCAGGUCCUUCGGAACAUGGUGCACUGUGCCGACCUCAGCAACCCCACCAAGCCGCUGGAGCUAUACCGCCAGUGGACAGACCGCAUCAUGGCGGAGUUCUUUCAGCAGGGGGACCGGGAGCGUGAGCGCGGCAUGGAGAUCAGCCCCAUGUGUGACAAGCACACGGCCUCCGUGGAGAAGUCCCAGGUGGGUUUCAUUGACUAUAUCGUGCACCCGCUGUGGGAGACAUGGGCUGACCUGGUCCACCCAGAUGCCCAGGAGAUCCUGGACACACUGGAGGACAAUCGGGACUGGUACUACAGCGCCAUUCGGCAGAGCCCUUCACCACCGCCGGAGGAGGAGCCUGGGGGGCCAGGCCACCCACCCCCACCUGAUAAGUUCCAGUUUGAGUUGACUCUGGAGGAGGAAGAGGAGGAGGAGGUGACCACAGCCCAGAUAACAGCCACAGCCCAAGAUGCGUCCACAGUGCAAGAACUGUCCUUGGCCCAAAAAGUGCCCAUCACAGCCAAGGACACAUCUGUCAUAGCCCCGGCUGCAUCCCCAGCUGAGAAGCUGUUGGAGGUCAAGGGCCAGGACCCAUCCACAGAGGUAGAGAUAGAGGAAGUGUAUUUGACACGGCUGGCAGACCCAGCCGAGAAUGGGUCUAUGACGCAGGACCAGUCCACGUCCCAGGACACAUCUGUGGCUCUGGAUGCUGUAAGCUGCAGCAGCCCCCCUGUCCUGUUCCCUGAAAGCCCCCCUCUGUCUGCCUUGAGGACCCCACCCCCUGAAGAGGAGGCCCCGGGCCUCCUGGGCCUCCCCUCCACGGCGGCCGAGGUGGGGGCCCAAAGGGAGCAUCAGGCUGCCAAGAGGUCGUGCAGUGUGUGCACUGGGACAUCCAGCCAGGAUCCAGCCACAUUGCCAGCUCCCAGCGAGUGGGGGGCAGGUGGAGGCCCUACCUGAGCCCCAGCCCCCAGACCCUGUUGCCCUCCCUGCCCGCCUCCACCAUCACUCCCGGACCACCUCCUCUGCUGCCUCAAAAACUCUUGGGCCUGAGAAAAAAGAAAACAGAAAAGUGGCUUUUUUUCUCUUUUCUUUUUUUCCCCUUUUUCCCCACCCCCACCCAUGGGGCCUUUUUUUGGAGGUGGGGGCUGGGGAACGAGGGGCUGAGGUCUGGGAAGGGGUUUUAUUUUUUGAAUUUUAAUUGUUACGUUUUUAGAAAAAGAAAAAGAAAAAAAAAAAAAACCUGAAGGAAACACAGUAACUGUAGAUGCGCCUAUUCCGGGCUCCCUUUUCCACCCCCAUGCCCCUUCCCCCCAGGUUCCAGGCUCAGUCUUCCUGCCUCUUAGCCUGGGCCCAAACCAGGUGGGGAGUCCCUCUGGGCUUUUCUCCUGAAUUUGGAAGGGUCUCGAAAACCCAACCAGGAAUAGCCAUUUUGGGUGGCGCUGGCUGGGGUGG